AUGUUCACCCAUCAGUGUGAAGAUUCUGAAAGAUGUGAAAGCAUGGAGCUGGACAAUAAAAUCCGAGAUCUGAUUGAGAGGAAUGUUUCUCCUGAUCUAAAAGGAGUCACCCCAGAGACAAUAUCCAGUCACACAAACCCACGUUCUCUAAAGACUCCAGUGAAAACAGCUUCCCUGGCACAUUUUGUACAGGGCACAACUAGAAUGAGUGGUGUAGAAAGUUCUACGGAGCAUGCAGAGUGCACUCAGUCAUCAAGAAGAAAGAACUUGACAAAUUCUCUUGAACAAAAGAUAAAGUGCUUGGAGAAGCAGAGAAAAGAGCUCCUGGAAGUGAACCAGCAAUGGGAUCACCAAUUUAGAAGUAUGAAAGAGUUAUAUGAAAGAAAGGUCACGGAGCUAAAAACAAAACUGGAAGCGUCAGAAAGGUUCCAGAACAAACUGGAGAAGCAGCAGCAUCAGUGUCAGAGGGAGAGCGAGAGGCAGCGCGACCUGACCCCGGACCAGCUACUGCGGGAAGAGAAGGAAAGUGAAAGCCUAAGUGAAGAAUUACAUGAACUGAAGAAGGAGAAUAAGCUUCUGAAGGAAAAAAAUGUUCUUGCAAACAAGAAGAAGGAACAAUAUGAAUGUGAAAUAAAACGCCUCAAUAAGGCUCUUCAGGAUGCCUUGAAGAUUGAGUGUUCUUCGUUUCCUGAGGACUUUUUGGAGAAGUCAGAAAUGAAGUGCAGCCAUGAGGAAAUGAGGAUACAAAUGGAAGUUCUCAAACAUCAGGUGCAAAUAUAUGAAGAAGACUUCAAAAAGGAGCGAUCAGACCGAGAAAGACUCAACCAAGAGAAAGAAGAGCUGCAGCAAAUGAAUCAAACGUCUCAGUCUCAGUUAAACAAGCUGAAUUCUCAGAUAAAAGCUUGUCAAAUGGAGAAAGAAAAACUAGAAAAGCAAUUAAAACAGAUGUAUUUCCCAACCUGUAACUGUGGCUUGGUUUUCCACCUCCGGGACCCGUGGGUACCAACAGGCCCUAGGGCUGUGCAGGAUCUACAGAAGCAUCCAUCAGACUAUCAGUGGUAUGCUCCUGACCAGUUUCCGCCAGAUGUGCAGCACAAGGCAAAUGAUAUAUUCAAAAGUCAGCAAUGUCUGCUACCUGUUUAA